AGAGGGGAGGGGGCGCGCGGGGGAGGGGGAAAGGGAAGCAGCCGGGUGCUUGCUGUUGCGUAAAAGAGGCGCCAGAAGCCGGGCUCUGCCUGCCUGCCUGCCUUGGAGGUUUUCUGUCAUGCUCCGCGCAGUCAAACACACAGGCUGUAGGUUUGGGAGCCAUUUUUCAAGAUGGCGGCCCUACCAUAAAUCUGUCUUGGCCAUCAGAAGGGAGGAUGUGAAUGCCUGGGAAAGGAGGGCUCCACUAGCCCCCCGGCAUGUCAAACUGCUCACCAACUUGGGAUACAAAGUCUUGGUGCAACCAUCCAACCGAAGGUCCAUCCAUGAAAAAGACUACAUCAAAGCUGGCGGAAUAAUUCAGGAAGAUAUUUCUCAGGCCUGCUUGAUUGUGGGUGUGAAGAGGCCUCCAGAUGGCAAACUGAUUCCCAAGAAAAACUAUGCUUUCUUCUCUCAUACUAUCAAAGCUCAAGAAGCAAACAUGCCCUUGUUAGAUGAAAUCCUGAGCAAGAAUAUUCGAUUGAUAGAUUAUGAAAAAAUGGUAGAUCACAGAGGGGUGCGAGUGGUAGCUUUUGGAAAGUGGGCUGGUGUUGCAGGUAUGAUAAAUAUUUUACAUGGAAUGGGGCUGCGAUUUCUUGCCCUGGGUCAUCACACUCCUUUCAUGCACCUUGGUAUGGCCCAUAAUUACAGAAACAGCAGCCAGGCUGUGCAGGCAGUUCGGGAUGCAGGCUAUGAAAUUUCUCUAGGUUUGAUGCCCAAAUCUCUUGGACCCAUAACAUUUGUGUUUACAGGGACUGGUAAUGUUUCUAAGGGUGCCCAGGAAAUGUUUAAUGCACUGCCUUGCGAGUUUGUGGAGCCCCAUGAGCUGAAGGAGGUCUCCAGAACUGGAGACCUCAGGAAAGUCUAUGGGACGGUGCUGAGUCGACACCACCAUCUUGUGAGAAAGAGCGAUGGUGUGUAUGACCCUGUAGAAUAUGACAAGCACCCAGAACUCUACACGUCGCGAUUUAACACUGAUAUUGCACCCUAUGCAACUUGCAUAAUCAAUGGGAUCUACUGGGAGCAGGAUACACCCCGAUUGCUCAGCCGACAAGAUGCCCAGAGACUUCUGACUCCGCUCCGACCUUCUGCCACUGCGACAGAAGGUUGCCCUGAAUUGCCACACAAACUUGUUGCAAUAUGUGACAUUUCUGCAGACACUGAAGGAUCUAUAGAAUUUAUGACAGAAUGUACAACGAUUGACAACCCCUUCUGCAUGUAUGAUGCUGACCAGCACAUCAUCCAUGACAGUGUGGAAGGAUCUGGGAUUUUGAUGUGUUCCAUUGACAAUCUGCCUGCUCAGCUUCCAAUAGAAGCAACAGAAUGUUUUGGAGACAUGCUUUUCCCUUACAUUGAAGAAAUGUUGCUUUCGGAUGCUUCAGAGCCUCUUGAAAGCCAGAACUACUCGCCUGUAGUUAGAGAUGCAGUGAUUGCAUCCAAUGGUUUACUGACGGAUAAAUUUAAAUACAUCCAGAAACUGAGGGAAAGCAGGGAAUACACUCAGUCACUGACCAUGGAUAAGAAAAAGAAGAUUUUGAUCCUAGGAUCAGGAUACGUCUCUGGGCCUGUGAUAGAAUACCUCACAAGAGAUCCUAACAUUGAAAUAACAGCAGUAUCGGUCAUGAAGAAACAACUUGAACAGCUGACCAAGAAGUACACCAAUGUUGCUCCUGUUGUUGCAGAUGUCACUGAAGAUGAAACAAAAUUAUCAUCCAUGGUGAAAAAACACAAUCUUGUUAUUAGCUUGCUCCCUUAUGCAUACCAUCCUUUGGUUGCUAAGAAGUGUAUUGAGAAUAAAGUGAAUUUGGUGACUGCCAGUUAUCUGACACCUGCUAUGAAAGAGCUACAGGAAAGUGUUGAGGCAGCUGGCAUUACAGUUGUCAGUGAAAUGGGUUUGGAUCCCGGUCUCGACCAUAUGUUGGCAAUGGAGUGCAUUGAUAAAGCAAAAGAAGUGGGGGCUACGGUGGUAUCCUACACUUCUUUCUGUGGUGGAUUGCCGGCUCCAGAAUAUUCUGACAAUCCCUUGAGAUAUAAAUUCAGCUGGAGUCCACAGGGAGUCCUGCUGAACACAAUUCAACCAGCCACAUAUUUAAAAAAUGGAGAGAUUAUUAAUAUUCCAGCCGGAGGAGCUUUGCUUGAUUCUGUUACUGUCAUGGAUUUUUUCCCAGGAUUAAAUUUGGAAGGUUUUCCAAACAGGGACAGCACAAAAUAUGCUGAACCAUAUGGUAUUCAAUCAGCUCACACUCUUUUAAGAGGAACUUUACGAUACAGGGGUUAUUCUAAAGCCAUAUCAGGCUUUGUGAAACUAGGACUAAUCAAUCCAGAGCCAUGUCCUAUGCUGAGUGCAACAGCACCAUCUAUAAACUGGAAAGACUUAAUGUGCAAAUUACUUGGACUUCAUCAGUCUGCCAAACCUGAAGAUCUCCGUGAUGCUGUCUAUCACAAAUUGAACAAGGAUGAAAAGCAACUGGAGGCAGUGGAAUGGUUGGGAUUACUCAGAGAUGAACCUGUUCCAAUAGCAGAGACAAUCGUGGGUGCACUGGCCAAGCACAUGGAGGCGAAAUUGUCCUAUGGUGCUGGAGAGCGGGACAUGAUAGUUAUGAGGAAUGAAAUAGGGCUGAAGCAUCCAUCUGGUCAUUUGGAAGACAAAUAUGUCAAUCUUGUAGUAUAUGGUGAUAAAGGAUAUUCUGCAAUGGCAAAAACUGUAGGGUAUCCAACGGCUAUUGCAGCAAAAAUGGUUCUCGAUGGUGAAAUUGACGCCAAAGGCAUGGUUAUCCCAUUGACAAAGAAUAUAUAUGGACCAAUACUCAAACGGGUUCAAGCUGAAGGCAUUUCUUACAGUACCCAAAGCGUUAUCAAGCAAUAAAAGAGGCUUCAUCAUCCCUCCUUCUUUUUUGCAAGAUCUAGUUUUCUAUUAACAAUUGGCAGCUUGAAAAUAAUUGCAUUUGGACACCUAUUUUCUGGAAAAUCUUUAGGACCAUUGACAUUUAAUAGGAGCUAUGCUAUGACUGCUCUACUCUUGUGAAGUUCCAGUUUUUUUUCCCAGUGAGAUUUGCACAAUAUCGUCCUAUUUCCUGCUGGAUUAUGCACUCUGUCUUUUAAGGUUCCAACUCUGGCCAUAAUUACCUGAAAAGAAGUCCCAGCGAGUCAUCAUCUGUUGGACUUUGAUUUCUAAGCAGUUUGCAAUGUAAAAGUACUUAGAAAGCAAACGUGUGGAAUGAAUGGCUCUCUAUAUAUUUUGGACUCCGACACAUUGGCUCCAGCCAGGAGUUUGCUCAAAUAUAGCUGGAGGGACAAUUCUAGGUUCCCAGCCUCCGUUAUAAAUCGUCCAUGUUGACAACAAAAGUUGCAUCUUAAUAUAAUAGCAUUUGCCUUCAAAUUUCUCCCAAGUGCUGAGAAUAUGCUGAGUUUGAUGAGUUCCCUGUAUUUUCUUUUGAAAUACAGGGAAGAUGAAUGUUGUAAUAUUUAUGAAAGAAAUGUGGAUAGUUUCCCCACUCCAUCUAUUCUAUAUGACCAAUCUUCGCUUCUAAAAUAAUAUUGGAUUAAGGUUCCCAGAAUCCGUCACAUUUGGCCAUGCUGGCUUUAGCUUCUUUGAGUUGGAUUCCCAUGUUCUGUGGAUGCCAACAUGGGUCCUGGGUUCUGUGCAGUUGGUUUGAGAUCUGUGUUCAAACUGCUUCCUAUUAAGAGCCCUCACUAAAUUGGUAAACUCCACAUUUUAAAAAUGUAUAUGGACUAGCUGCCCAUUCCCACUCCCAAUGAAUCAACACCUUUGUAGUCAUUUUUUGAUUCAUCACAUAUACUUGUGGACUUCAGUACCAUCAUUACCAUGUUACCAGCUAUUGUUUGCCUACUAACAGUGAAACCAAAUGUGAAUUGGACUUAAACAAAGAGCUUAAAUAGUACUUAAUAGAGGGCUUAUCGUGACCUUUUCAGCCUAGGCAAGUAUCUCGUUAAAGAGUUUUUGGUAACAGGAUGGGAAUGACUUCUGCACUAGAUUCUGAAAACCUACCAGUGUGAGAAAGACAAAAUAUGUACCAUUCAAUCUUGUCUGAAAAUCUUUUUAUGUUCAUGGAUACUGAGCCCUUUAUAAGCAAAAGGGAACCUUAAUGUGAUUUGCAAUACCUAGAAAAUUAUGCCAAAAAUAUUUUUAUAUGUAAUGAAAAUCUGAAUGUAUUAUUAUCAUUAUUGUAGACAAUUUAAUAGUAUAUGAAAUUUUGAAAAUAAUUUUAUGUGAUAACACUAGUUCCAUGUUUGCCAAAUUUUGUGGUGUUUGGAACUAUGUUUCAAUCUACUGGAUGGCUACGUAAUAUCUGAGUAAUAUACUUAGCUAUAGAAGGGUAGCUGAUUUGUAGUCUGUAAGAUUCAUUCUCAAGCAGAAUAACGGUUUCCUGUCUUGUUGAGAUAUCAGUGCAGUAUAUAUAUUUGAUCAGCCUCAACCAAGCUCCAGAUACGUUGGAGCUUGGUUGGUCUUUAGCUCUUUUCUUGUUCCAUAUUUGGAUGAAAUAAUAAUAUGCACUGCAUAUUCUGUCUUUGUUCUGUAGUUGUCCUUUCAUUUAAUUAUACCAAAACAAAAGUGAUAUCAUUUGACCAUGUAAGGUUUCUCAAUUAUGUAAAAUGUUUAUCUUUUCCGGAUCUUUGUCACAUGUUUGAUUUAUUUAUUUUAAUGAAAAUAUUCUGUUAGAAGCCAGAUAUCUAAUGUUCAAGAUUUUCCUAUUCAAGAUCACUGUAAAUGUGAAGGAAAAAUCUCUUUGGUCUAGCCACAGGAACAGGAAUGAGGUGAGGAAAGAGCAAAUGCUUCAGUGGACGUUGAUUUGAAGGUGUAUGGAUUAUAAGAAAAAAAGAGUAUGCAAACUGUUCUGCCAUAUAUUCAGAGGAAUACUGCAAAGAGGAGAUGAACAUGAACUAAAGCGUUUUCUGUACUGUGCCGAAAUAAGCUGCCUUGCUAUUUUGUCCCAGUUAUGCUGAUUUUCUUUUGCAUCGCUUUUGGUCUUUUCAUAUACAGUAGAGUCUUGCUUAUCCAACAUAAAUGGGCCGGCAGAGCGUUGUAUAAGUGAAAAUGUUGUAUAAUAAGGAGGGAUUAAGGAAAGGCCUAUUAAACAUCAAAUUACAUUAUGAUUUUACAAAUUAAGCACCAAAACAUCAUGUUUUACAAAUAUAAACAGCAGUUCAGUACAUGGUAACGUUAUGUAGUAAUUACUGUAUUUAUGAAUAUAGCACCAAAACAUCGCAAUGUAUUGAAACAGCUGUGGAAGCAGACUGUGUUGGAUAAUACAGAACGUUGCAUGAGCAAAAGUUGGAUACAUGACUCUACUAUACUUGAAAAAGUUUAAUGCUCAGACUUCAUUUUCUCCAAGAAUCCCAUCUACUUUGGUGAUCAUUUGGGAUCUUGCCAUAAUAGCUCAGUCCUAUCCAUGUUUACACAGAAGGAAGUCCUAUGGUGUGCAUUGCAUCCUUAAGCCAAAAUCCCAUUGUAGCUUUACAUUACCAUAAAAAACUUGCACUAGUUGUACUUUUAACUCACUUUGACAUAUCCAGUACCUCCUUUACACAAGGAUGUGCUGUAGAAAAUUGUGUAUGUGGUCACAGUUCCACUUCUGAGUAACAAGAUGACUCACAUAUCUUGGCUCUCAUUGAUAUCAGCAGUAUUUGGCCUUAAUUUAAGUCUACUCUUACUAUCUGGAAUAGUUUGAAUACGCACAGAUAGGGAGAGAAAAUCCAGCAUAGUUUUAUGACAAAAUUUCAGUCUGUGCAUGAAUUUUUCAAUUCUGGUUGUUGGGGAAUAUUCUGAGCAUCACUUGCUGGUUAGUUGAUUCAGAUUUAAGUCUAAAUGCAGGGCAGCAACUGAACGAUGUUGACUGCUAGGCAGAAGACUUCUAUCCAGUCUGUUUGCCCAAACAGUUCAAGUGGCAACAAUGCUGGGUGUGCUUGUUGAAAAGAGUGUAUAAAAACUUGGUACCCAUUGCACUAGACUUAUUUUGCUCAGGUAUACAACCUUCCACUUCUUUUUCUCAAUUUGGGACAUAAAAUGGCCCCUGCCGAACUGGCAGUGACCCUUUUGAUAGGUCACCAAGCAGCUCUGGGAUACUAAUCAGCUUUAGUAGUUUUUGUUUAUGAGCAAAAUAAAAACAAUCCACCAUUCUUGCCCAUCUGCCUUCCUACCCUCAAGCGCCUACUCCCCAAACAAAAAGAUGCCCUUUCUGGAAGCUUUUCUUUUAUAUGGCUUUAAAUACUUCAAAUAACCAAAAGGAAGAGCUGCAAUUGUUUUAUAAGAUUCAGGGCAGCUGGAAAGGUUAGUUUGUACAUUUGUAGCGGCUCCUUGUUUCAGCAUACUGUAUUUCUUUUGGAAUCCUCUCCUUGGGGCAAAAGAGUCUUUUAUAUAUUGUGUCGGGUUUAAAGAAAUCCAUUGCUUCUGCUAUGGUGGCAUAUCAAAUAAAAGCGUUUGACUUUU